AUGAAGCUUCUCAACACCGUCAUGCUCUCCCUGUAUGCCGCACUCGUUGCGAGCGAGGGCUGCACCUAUCAUAGCAGCAAGUACGGUGACUUUGACGGGACCUGCCGGAACCCGACCACAUGCGUCAAUGACAACUUUGGCUACUGGGUUUCGGGGCUCUGCUCGGGCGGAUCAAACAACCGCUGCUGCGUGUUCCAGCUCUGCAAGGGCCCCUCGGGCCAGACGGGCGUGUGUACGACGACGACGCACUGCGACGCGACGAACGGGAAGCGGAUCGCGUAA